GUGGUCAUCACACAUUCUUCACACCUCCGCCCAUUUAUACGCCGUCCUCUUUGCUUCAAUUUCUCCAUCUCCAGAUCGAGGCGAGGGGCCUAGUUCUAGCUUACAUUCGGAGGUGCAACUGAAGAGAGCCAAGAUUCCGUAUACUAUGGAUGUGGCAAGGAAUUUCCAAGAGACUUUUGGCAGGAUCACCCCGCAUGACAGCAGGGUGUUUCUUUUGUUAUGGCAUGCUCUGCACUUAAUUCUUAGAGUAUUAUACAUUGCCCGAGAGAUCCUUUCUACAGUCGAAAGCUACCUUAUAACAAAUGGAUUAUUGAAAGCAUAUGACCAUCUAAAUCUAGAUCGGGUCAAAUAUCUUGGAGUUGUCAUAGACAGUGAUGAGGCUCGUCAGACUUCAGAAGUUAUUGAACUUUUGGAAUGGCUUUCAGCCAUUGGGAUAAAAAAGGUCUGUCUUUAUGACAGGGAAGGAGUGCUGAAAAAAUCCAAGGAAGUUAUUGUGGAGAGAUUUAGUUCAGCAAAACUAUACAAUGAUGAUUCAGUAACUGAUCCCAUUGACAGUAAAAAGCAAAUGGAUUUUGAAUUUGUUUCAAUUUCUGAUGGAAAAGAAGCAGUUGCAAAAGCAGCAAAUGUACUUUUCAAAAAGUAUUACUUGGAUGGAGAUACUGAAAAACCUUUCUUCACUGAAACUUACUUAAACGAUGCAUUGAAGGCCCUUGGCGCUGUAGAGCCUGAUCCUGAUCUUUUAUUAAUCUAUGGACCAGCAAGAUGCCAUCUUGGUUUUCCAGCAUGGAGAAUUCGAUACACGGAGAUGGUACAUAUGGGGCCAUUGAAGUAUAAGAAGCAUGGUUUAAUUCUAAAAGCCAUUCACAAAUUCACCAAGGUGAAACAAAACUAUGGUUCAUAAGGUGAAUGGGUGGCAUUCUUGCAUGACAUGAUGAGAUCAUUGAACUCCAAGUAAACACUUUCCAUAUCUUAGAACAUUGAGAGAUUAUUGUUCUAUGUAUGUCUUUAACUAAACAAAACUAAAGAUCCCUGUGGUGGUAUGCAGUUACUAUUGAUUGAUGAUCUUCUUUCUUUCU